AUUUCUACAUAUGACGUAUAGAAAUGACGCAAGGAUGCAACAAAAAGCUCACUAUUUUCAGGGCGUGCGAUGCCAAAAGGCACGUCAAGAAGUAGACGCUUAACUGCCCGUAGGUAACCACAUGGGCUGCUCGGCUUCGAUGGCAGGGAUGGGGCGGGCGGGCCCUGCUCUACCCGAGCCCGAGGCGCCCCCGCCGGUGGACCCGCGCCUUCCGCUGGACGCUCGGCAGAAAUUCCACCUGGAGAAGUCGUGGAAGUCCGUCGCCCGGAAUAUCGACAGGGCCGGCAUGUUUAUGUUCCUCAGGUUGUUCCGUGACUGUCCUGAGAUGAUAGAGAAGUACCCCGAGCUGCACGGCAUGGAUGACCAGGAGGAGCUGCGGAACAGCCAGUUCCUACAGGAACACUCCCAGCGCGUGCUCGACGCUUUCGACCACACCAUCGACUCGCUGGAUGACGUCGACUACGUCAUCCAACUGCUGAAGAAGAUCGGUCAGAUGCACGCGGACUUGGAGCUCAAGCCGGACGACAUGUGGAAACUUGAGCAGCCGUUCCUGGCGGCCGUGGCGGAGUGUCUGGAGGACAGGUACACGCCCAAGUUCCAGGAGAUCUACAGCAAGCUCAUCACGUUCAUCAUAGAACACGUGGUCAACGGCUUCGAUCCGCACUGA